UUGUACAUUUUGGCAAAAUUUCAUUACAUUCAACAAACAAAUGGUCAAUCAAUUCAGAAAGUUGAAUUGUCAUCUUAAUACGUAUUUCAUACAAUUAAAUUAGGUAUAAAUGUCAAGUGUUUUGAUCAUUGUUUAUAUUUCGUAUUAAGGUAUAAAUUAAAAAUACUUCUGUUAUAAAAUAAAAAGAUGAGUGAAGGAGAGCCUACGUUGAUUGACAAGUCUGAGAGUAGUUCGUUCGAAGACUUAGCUUCAGCUGCAGCGCAUGAGAUCGAGGAAGCGAAACUUGCUGAGGCAGCUGCUUCAGAAAAAGAAAAACAUGGUGAUAAACCAGUAGAAGAAUGGCAGGAUGUUUUAGGCUCAGGGGCACUUUUAAAGAAGAUUCUAAAGGCAGGCGAUGAAUCAGACGGCUCUAGACCACAAAGAACAGAUAUAUGCAGAAUUAGUUAUGAACUUAAAUUACGGGAUGGGUCUCAAGAUCUGGUAGAGAAACGGGAUCAUAUUAAGAUUUAUUUGGGUGACAAUGAAGUCCUUCAAGCAUUGGACUUAGCACUAACUCUUAUGUAUAAAGGCGAAGUUUGUCUUCUUCAAAUAGCACCAAGAUUUGCAUAUGGAGAGACAGGUCUCAAGCCUGGUGAGAGUCUGGGAUUAGUUGGGGAAGUGAAUGGAGCCAAAUAUGAAGGUACACCGAUUGAUGCUGACACAUGGCUCGAAGCUCGCCUAGAAUUACAUGACUGGACUGAGGAGCCUGACCAUGAAACAUUACCUAUCGCAGAAAGGAUGGAAAUUGGUACACGGCGUCGUUGUCGUGGUAAUUGGUGGUAUGGCCGCGGUGAGGCUCAGUUGGCUGUGCAGUUAUAUCGACGAGCUCUUGACGUGCUCGAUGAGAGCGAGGGCGGGAUCACCGACCCCACGCCCUCAGGGGAUAUGGUUCCCACUUCGGACUCAUUGCACGCACUCUUGGAGGAACGACUUCGCGUUUAUAACAAUAUGGCAGCCGCGCAACUGAAAGCGGGAGCCUAUGACGCUGCGUUGCAAGCCGUGACCCGAGUGCUGACGUGCCAGCCGACGAACGCGAAGGCGCUGUACCGCAAGUCGCGCAUCCUGAGCGCGGUGGGGCGCGCUGGGGAGGCGCUGGAGGCGGCGCGCGCGGCGGCCCGGGCGGCGCCCGCCGACGGCGCCGUGCGCAGCGAGCUGGCCAGCUGCGAGCGCCAGCGCGCGCGCGACCGCUCGCUCGAGCGCCGCCUGGCGCGCCGCAUGCUGGGCACCGACGAGCCGGCGCCCGACAGCAAGCCCAGCACGGCCAAGAUGUUAAUGUGGGGCUCUUUGCUCCUGAGCCUGCUGGUGGGGGUGGCCAGCGUGCUUGUAUAUCGUUACAAGAUGCAGUCUCAAUGAGGACACGCUACACCUAGCAAGUUUAUAAUGAAUAAAUGGUAAGAUAAGGGGGAGAGGUGUAUCAAGUUCUUGUGGUUCCAGAAUAAUAAUAAAUACAACAUAGUUCUAGCUGUUUAAAUAUCAUCUAGCUUUAAAUAUUUACAAGUCGACGGAUAACUUCGAGACAGAAGCAGUGAAAAAAACCAGAUUCAUAACUCGCUAAAUUUAUUUUUAUAAAUAUAAUAUCUUCCAAUUUCCUACGCUUUGCAGACUAGAUAAUGGCAUUUCUUUUAUGAUAGAUUUCAGUUCUAAUAUUGGUCUAGAGCACUGGAUUGAAAAUAUUUAUAACAAUUUUUUUAAUUGUAUAAAAUGGGUUUUAGGUUAGAAAUACAGACAGCUAACUUUUGAGUAAUGACUACGGAUGUUUAUUUAAUUGUUUUAGCUUAUUUUAUGUUCAACUGUUUGAUAUUUAUUAAAGGCAGUGCCAAUAAAAUUGUAUUAUACAUAAUUUAAGUAUCAAACAUAUUUAUAUAAAACCUUCAAGGUUUAAUAGUGUGAUAGAUAAUAUAAUAAUGCAAAAAAAUAUUUUUUGAAACUUUACAUGCUUUAGGAAAGAAAAAGAAUUUGCAUUCCAAAUGUAAAUAUGUACUUACCCUAUGUGCAGUCUUAUAAUAGAUUGUAUUUUUUUUUUAUUUUGACUAUCACCUGCUUUCAACUUUCAUUCCAAAGAAAAAAAAUAAUUAAACAUUUAUCUUAAAGUAUUAAGGUAAACAUUUUUAACAGUUUUGUCAGUUUGUAUAAAUAAAUCAAGACUAUAUCCAGGUGAUGUUAUAGGCAUUUAUGUAAAAUUUGAUUUGAUAUUUUUGUUUUUAUUGUUAAAAUUACUUGGUGCUUUUUCUAAUCAUUCGGAAUUCUGGUAACACUGUGAUGACGAUUUUCAUGCCCAGUUUAUAAACUUUUCUUUCACAUAGUGAAUAACUUAGUAUAUAAAUGUACCUUAUAUUUUUGAUUUUUGCCUGUCAUAAUCACUUCUUUUUUAAAUUAGAAAUAGAUGUUAAAAUUUAUGUUAUAUCCUUAUAUAUUGGUUUGGUAGGUCAAUGGUGGUACCAUUAUUAUGUAACAAGAAAUAAAAAGCA